AUGGCUCAAAGCUCUGUAAGAAGCCUGAAAGAUGACCCCAAGAGAAUUCAAGGACCAACAGUCAAAAUCCUGGUCGGGAUGUCAAAGAAACCUUCUCAUGUGCAUGAAUCGAUCCUCUGCAGCUCUUCUCCGUUUUUCAAAAAGGCCAUGUCGGGACCGUGGAAGGAAUCUGCGGAGCACACCAUUGAACUCCCGGAAGAUGACCCCGAUAUGUUUGAUAUGUAUUCACACUGGCUUUACUAUGCCACGAUUCCCGUGAUUGUUGAGGGCACGGCAAGUGACGAAUCAACGAAAGUCUUAUCCCAGGAGUACUAUGAUCUUGCCAAGGCGUAUGUGCUCGGCGACAAGUUGCUCGACGUGAAGUUUCAAAAUUGCGUUAUUGAUGCAAUUGUCGAAAGACACGCCACGCCUGACAAAAGAAAUGGAAGGUGUUACAUUCCCAACAAAAAGACAAUUAACUACGCGUUCGAUAAUACGACCGAGUCCGCUCCAAUUCGCAAGCUGCUUGUGGAUAUGUAUAUGGGCAAUGUGACAGCCGAGUGGCUCUCCAAAGACCUUCCACCGGACUUUAUCUUUUCGGUUCUUAAAUCUGUCGUCGAGAAAACACCCGUCUUAUCUGUGUUGAUCAACGCAUCCGACUACUACAUGGAUCCGGCAAUGGAGAAGCAAAGUUUGAAGCGAAAGCUCUCUGAGAUAGAGCUUUAG